UCAAGAACUAUGGUUCGCUUUCUUACUUCGUGUCGUAAAAAAAUCACUUCACGAUCGCUAUUGUCGCCUGACGCAUGAUGUCAACAAUAUGUCUUUAUAAAAUAAAAAUGUAUAAAACGAUUCAAAUACAAUAUCGAAAAUUCAUGUUUUCAAAAAUAGUUCGUUUUACGUCCGAUGGCGGCGCUUUACAAAAGUCAUAUAAAUUUUACCUGCGAUGAUAAGAAAUCAUACUUUUCGGAAGCUCUUCGCGCGUACACUGUUCCACGUUCCGUUAUUUGUUUAUUGCAUUGUAAACAAAACUGUUACCAGCUCAGCAUGACACCCUCUGUUGUUGAGUUCUACAAAGGGAAGAACAUUUUAGUUACAGGAGCGACAGGUUUCCUUGGUAAGGUAUUAGUCGAAAAGUUACUAAGAGCUUGCCCCGAUGUUGGUACCAUAUACCUUUUAUUGAGGGUAAAAAAAGGUUUGACAGAGGAAGAAAGACUGAAAAUAUUCUUCAACAACAAGAUAUUUGAAAAUCUACGAGAGAAGCAGCCAGAUGUGUUUAAGAAAAUAAAGUUAGUCGCUGGAGAUAUCUUGGAUGAUAACUUGGGCCUCUCUAAUGACGACGUUCAAGAGUUGAGACGAAAUUGCAAUAUUGUGUUCCAUAGCGCUGCUUGUGUUAGAUUUGAUCAGACUUUAAAAGACGCCGUCAACAUGAAUACCAAGGGUACUCUACGACUUCUAAAAUUGGCUGAAACAAUGGAAAAUAUCGAAGCGUUCGUUCACCUUUCUACUGCCUACUGUCGAUGUGAGUUAGAAGUGUUGGAAGAAAAAUUGUACCCAGCAGUACAUAGUCCCGAGAAAAUUAUUGAUCUAGUAGAAUGGCUCGAUGACAAAACAUUAAGCUUCAUAGAGCCCAAAUUGAUAUCGUCUGAACCCAAUACUUACGCCUAUACAAAAGCGAUGACGGAAGAUCUUGUAGCGGAAUACAGUUCCAAAUUUCCCAUUGCAAUUGGACGACCGUCAAUUGUUGUAGCAGCCUGGAAGGAACCUUUGGUUGGUUGGGUUGAUAACAUCAAUGGACCGACAGGGCUCCUCAUCGGUAGUGGUAAAGGUGUGAUACGCAGCAUGCAUUGCGAGCCAUCGUACUUAGCAGAUGCGAUUCCAGUUGAUGUAGUCGUCAAUGGAUGCAUUCUAAUAGCAUACACCACCGCCUUGGAUAAACCGAAAGAUGUUCGUAUUUUUAAUAUGACACUAUCUGGUAUUCUAAAGAUUACGUGGCGAGAAGUCAUCGAGUUAGGUGAGAAGUGGGUCAAUGAAUAUCCUUUUACGGUCGCAUUGUGGUAUCCUGGAGGUAACAUCAAGUCUUACUGGCUCACACACCAAGUUGCACAUAUCUUCACUCAUGUGCUACCGGCAUAUUUUGUCGAUAUGUUGCUACUGUUAUUGGGGAAGAAGACAUUCAUGGUCAAUCUCCUAAACCGUAUCAGCCACGGUCUGAAUAUCCUACAAUACUACACAACAAAGGAGUGGCAUUUCAAGAAUACCAACUUUCUGUCACUACAGAAGCGAAUCACUGAAGCAGAAAAUGAAACAUUCUAUACAGACGUUUCGACAUUAGACCGAGAUGAAUAUUUAAGAAACUAUGUCAUUGGAACGAAAUUAUACACACUUAAAGAAGAUCCAGCAUCUUUACCACGAGCUAGGAAACUGCAUAGAGUGCGUUACUGGCUUGACGUGAUCACGAAAGCCAUGUUUUAUUCCCUAAUAAUAUGGUUUUUAUAUUCAAAAUGCGGCGUAAGGUCAAUACAUAAGUACUUGUCUAGUGAAGUCAAUAUUAACAAAAGGAAUAUUGAAUUUGGUGAAAUAUAAAAUGGUAAAGCUUUAAUGAUAAAAGUUUUUGAUAUCGUUAUUCAGGAACAGAAAGUAAAUAAAAUGUAUUUUUUUAUAACUUUAUUUAUUAAGCAUAA